GACAACCCGAGAGGAAGGGAAAUCUAGUGCAAUUUGCCAAACCAAAUUUAAUAUUUAGAUUAUAUUUUCAGGAGAUGUGAAGCGAUUUUCGAAGCAAAGAUGAAAUCCUUCAGUGGCUUAGGGAUUGGUUUAAGUUUGGUUUUUGGUUGUCUUUUAUUGGCUCUUGUUGCGGAGCUUUACUAUUUGCUUUGGUGGAAGAAGAAGAGAGUUGCUAGCUCUGAUGUUGAAUACGAUUACACCAACUAUGCGAAGGAGCUUGUUCAACUCUUCUGCUGGAAGAAAUCAUCAACUCCUCUACAUGCACCCACCAUCCCCAACCACCACCAAGAUAUUAAUGGUGUCGAGCCAGACCUGGAACUUGGAUCGACCAAGGGUUUACUGCUAAAGGGGGGCUUUGGAGAAGAGGGCGUUGAAUCAGAGCUGAUGAGGCUCCACAAUCUGGCUGGUCCACCCAGAUUCCUUUUCACCAUCAAAGAGGAAACAAAGGAAGAUUUGGAGUCUGAAGAUAAAGGGUCAAGAAGAAGGAACUUGAAUGAUGUGAUGCUACCUAUGGACACUCCUUUCCAUAGUCCUUUGUCUUCUCCGCCAUUGAAGUCACCUUUGGGUUCUUAUUAUCAGCCCCAAGGGUUCAAUACUCUCUUUGAAUCAUCGACGGAUGGUGAGUUAAAUAAGCUGAGACAUUCACCUCCUCCUAAGUUCAAGUUCUUGAGGGAUGCAGAAGAGAAACUUUUACAGAAAUUGAUGUUAGAAGCUGAGAAAAACGGUUCCUUUCAAUAUUCUGGUGUUAAAGCUGUUACUAGUGCUACAAUUUCAACAGAAGGGACAAUGAUAGAAGGGUCUUUCCUUAAGUUCAUUGUUGGUAAGAACAGGGAAUCUCUCCAGUAUUUACCACAGUAUCCUUCAAGUUCUUCUCGGGUGCUGCCAUUGGCUUAUUCUCCUACAACACUCAGACCACCAGACAAGAAAGACAGUACGCAUUAGUUUCAUGCUACAUGAGUUUAUUUUUU